UGCAGUUUUAUUGUCCAGAGUUCAGUAGUUUGACAGCAUGUGGAUAAUAACUGUCUUUAAGUCUGAUUGAAGAUCCUUUUAUUUAAGGCAGAUUUCAAAAUAAAACUCAAUAAAAAAUCCCGUGUCCCCUCGCAGGCUCUGUACAAUGGUGUGCACUUUGUCGUGUCGAUUCCUGUAGAUGUUUAAGGUACUGUUAUUUUUCUCAGCAUAUCAGAGGUCUCAACACCUAAUGGGUGUAUGAUCUCAGUCGUUAUUCUUUCCACUCUUCAGAACAGUUUCUCCAGAUUUCACCUUCUUACGAUCUUCCGUCGCAUUUGAAUCAAAAUAUGUACGGAGAGCGAAAAGAUAUGGUUCCACUGGGGCUCGAACCCAGGACCUUCUGCGUGUAAAGCAGACGUGAUAACCGCUACACUAUGGAACCACAGUGGUACAGAACCGCUGAAGACCGGGAUUUGGACAUUGGGCGGUUCGGUAUACAAUGUUCCUGCCAUAUGGAGACGCAAAACAUUUUAGUCCAUUCAGGAUUCCCUCAUGGGUGUGGUCUCUUUCUUCAGGAAAAGCUCCGGGCUACAUAGCAGAAUAUGUUCAGGAAUGGCUUGAGGAGCACAAGAACAGUUUCAUGUUUCAUGCUGUGGGAAAUACAUUAAGUGAAUGAUGUGUAGGCGUCAGUGUGGGCGGGGGAUGAAAACACCAGAAAACAUCAGUAGCUGCAGGUACCAAACACCUCAUCAGCAAACCCAGAGGAGAGGAGCUGCUGCUUUGCAGGAUGGGUUCCUGUCAAGAGUUUCAAGUGACAGUUCACACCUCACCUGGUCCCACCUGUGGAACCUACAACCGUCUGUAUCUCAGUCUGAUUGGCUCACAUGGCGAGACUCCACCCAUCCCAGUGAACAACGACCAUCAUCUGCUGCCUGGAUCUACGUGUCUGGUCCUGGUCCGGGCCAAUGGUCCACUAGGUCAGGUUGUUCUGGUUCGGCUCCGACUGGAGGCUCAGAUUGGAUUCCCUAAUGUGGACUGGCACUGCAACAGAGUAGAGAUCCGCCAGUGUACUAAAGAUCAGGAACCAGAGCCUGAGAGUUCAGAAACUCAGGUCUUCUGUUGCGACAAGUGGCUGCGAACAGCAGAUGGCAACGUGGAGCUGCGCAGCGGAAAGUUGUGUUUGCUGGCAGAAGAAACAGAAGAGCAGCUGAAGCAACACCGACUGAUGCAGCUGCAGCAUCAGCAGGAGCUCAUCAGGUGGGGCUCGUUCGUUGAAGGUGCUCCUCAGUGUGUUGAUUUCAAGAACAUGUCAGAACUCGGCCCGAACCUCAGCUACACACACACGAGUCCAACCAUCAACAUGCACUACCUGAAAGGCUUUGCAGGCCGGGUGGAGCCCUGGACCAGUUUCUCUGAGCUGGAGGCAGUCUUUGCCCACAGUGGACAUCAGAACAGAAUCGCCAGGUUUGUGAAGGCUCACUGGAAGGAGGAUUGGUAUUUCGGCUAUCAGUGUCUGAGCGGUUGCAACCCUCUGCUCCUGUGUCAGACACGCCUAAUCCCUCCAACCCUGGCUGUCACCUCUGACAUGCUCCGCCCCUUCCUACCUGCAGGCUCCUCACUGGAAGAAGAGCUUCAGAAAGGAAACAUUUACCUGUUGGACUACAAGCUUUUGGACGGACUUGAAGCCAACCAGGUCAAUGGAAAGCAGACGUACCUGUCUGCCCCACUGUGUCUUCUCCACCUGAACCAGCAGGGUCAGAUGGUCCCCAUCGCCAUCCAACUCCAGCAGACUCCUGGUCCCCAGAACCCAGUCUUCCUGCCCUCUGACUCCGACUGUGAUUGGCUGCUGGCUAAGAUUUGGGUUCACUGCGCAGACUUCCAGGGUCACCAGUUGAUUUCACAUUACAUGCGGACCCAUAUGAUGGCGGAGCUAUGCUGCGUGGCCACACUGCGGCAGUUUCCAGAGCAUCACCCGCUGCACCAGCUGCUGAUGCCUCACGUCAGGACGUCUCUGCAGAUAAACCUGCAGGCUCGAGCGUCGCUGCUGGCUGUUAACGGAGUCUUUGAUCAGGCGGUGGGUUCUGGUCUGAAGACCAUCCCAGAAAUCCUUCGCAGAGCGUCAGCCACAAUUCACUAUCGAUCCAUGUGUGUUCCCGACGACCUGUCUGACCGUGCCGUGGACAAACUGCCUCACAGCUUCUACGCUCAGGACGCACUGAGGAUCUGGGACGCACUGCACAGGUUUGUGCUGGCCUGGAUCGAUCUGUACUACAGAGGAGACAAAGACAUCAAGAACGACUCAGAGCUCCAGAACUGGAUCACUGACAUCAACAAACACGGCUUCACACAGAACUCAGGUUUCCCUCAGUGUUUCCACACCAAAGUAGAGGUGUCCAAGUUUCUGACCAUGUUCAUCUACUCCUGUUCGGCUCUGCACGCCGCCAUGAACUUCUCCCAGCUGGACUUUGCUCUCUGGAUGCCAAACUGUCCACCCUCCAUGAUGCGACCUCCUCCGCAGGUUAAAGGCGGCGUCACGGAGCAGGACAUCCUGUCCUUCCUGCCAGGAAUUAACUCCACCCUCCGUGUCCUGAUGGCGCUGACCGUGCUGUCUCAGCCCAGUGUUGACUUUAUUCCUCUGUGUCACUACAGGGAGGCCAUCUUCAGAGUUGAUGCCCACCGCAGGCUGGUGGAGGGGGUACAGGCUGAACUCAAGGCCAUUAAUGAUGACAUCACAGAGCGCAACAGACACCUGGAGCUGCCGUAUCCGUACCUCUGUCCGUCAGGCAUUGAGAACAGCGUCGCCAUUUAAUUCAGCAUCCAUCAACCUUCUCCUGGUCCUCAAAUAAUAUUAGUCUUUACAUUACCGUCACAGUAGAUGUAUACAUCUAAUUUAAACACAAAAUGAGAGACUGAAGAAGGUUUUACUGCUAAAUAUUUAUCCUGUUUGGGUCUGUGCAUCAUCACUGAAUACAGUGCCGGGCAAAAGCAUUCACCCCCCCCUUGGCAUUUUUCAGGUUUUGUUGUCUCCCAAUCUGGAAUUAAAAUAGACGUUUGAAUCAUUUCAUUUACAGAAUAAAAGUGAUGUUGCACUUGGUCUUCAUAGUGGCCUUUCAGAGAAGGUGUGUUUAUACCCACAGAUCAUGUGACUCUUGGAUUCCACUCAGAUCGACUUCAUUUCACUAAUUAUGACACUUUUGAAGGUAAUUAGUUGCACCAGAACGUUUUGGAGGCUUCAUUUCAAAGGGGUGAAUACAUAUGGACAUGCUAAUUUUCUGUUUUUUUCUUUGUCUUAAUUAUUUUUUAUUAUUUAUUUUCUUAUUUCACUUUAGAAACUUAUUUUGUGCAGCUUUAUCACAUAAAAUAAGAUUUUAAAACAAUACAAUGCAGGUUGGAAUGGAACAAAAUAAAAGCCAUGGGGGGUUAAUACUUUUGCAAGGCACUGUAAGCUGGUUGGUAUCAUUUUCAUGCUUAACGGCACCAGGUUCUGUAUAUUCUCAUAUAAAUCAGGUUCUGCUUUCUAAGGCUUCAUCAGAGUGAAACCCUUCAUUCGUAAAAUAUUGUUCCUCAUGUCGCUAUCGGCCACAAACCUUCAUAAAACACAAUCUGUCAUUUAAACAUCAUCCUUCAGGAGGUCUGCGCUCCAUAGAGGCUAUCUUUAUGCAGCAUUGUUGUUUCCAGGAGGUGGAACUCUGAGAAGAUCUCGCUGAAAACCUGGCAGCUGUUUUCUAAAGACAAAUUUGGGACAAAGUCCACAUUAUUGAAUCCAUGCAAACACAUCAUCAUCACUGGUUGGAGCAUUUCAGCUUUAUCGCAUCAAACUCAGCAUCAGCAUCACAUUGCUGGGAUGUUGCUUCCAUGCAGAGUUCAAUGCGACCUGCUGACCAUGCGUUCCUUUAAUGUAACCUUCCUGCAAAGAACCUGUGUUUGUCAGGAUGAACAUGUCUCGUGAAGGUGAAGCGGUCUGGCUCGGUUCCGAAAAGUCCACUCACCCUGUUUAAACCUGAGCUUUUAGUGACACCAUAAUAAAUCAUUUUACAGCUUU